CGCUGACGUACCACUAUGAGACGCAGUGCAUCCCCACGCCAGGGGCCUGGUUUGCCCACCAGCUGCCCGUGUGGCUGCAGAAGCUCAGCGUGGUGGCCACCUACGUCAUCGAGAUCGCCGUGCCCCCUCUCUUCUUUGCCCCCCUGCGCCGCCUGCGCCUCUUCGCCUUCUACUGCCAGGUCCUGCUGCAGGUCCUCAUCAUCCUCACUGGUAACUACAACUUCUUCAACGCUUUGACCAUCGUCUUGGCUUUCUCUCUGCUGGAUGAGGAGCAUGUGGGGCGCUGGCUGGGGCGCCCCAGGAAGCGACAGGGCAGUGCCUGGCCCCCCAGCCUGGGCUCCAUGCUGGCCACACUGCUGGAGUUCACCACCUAUGGACUCCUCAUCUCCUGGACCAUCCAGUACUUCGGGCUGGAGAUCAAUUGGGAGAAGAAGCUGCUGGACUCCAAAGUGGCCUUCACAUACCACGAGUUCACAACGUGGCUGAAGACAGUGACGCUGCCACUGGUGGGGAUGGCCUUCAUCUCCCUCUCCUGGGAGGUCGUCGUGGCCAUGUACCGGUGUGCCUGUGUCCGUGGAUGCUUCUGGAAGCUCUGGGCCACCCUGCAAUGGGCCAUCCUGGCCACGGCCACUGUCAGCCUGUUCACUGUCAGCCUGGUGCCCUUUACCUACAUUGACCACGACUCCAACGGGAAGCUGUGGCCUGGCAUCCACCAGAUGUUCAAUGCCGUGGAGAGGUUCCAGGUGGUGAAUUCCUACGGCCUGUUCCGCAGAAUGACGGGGGUUGGGGGACGCCCCGAGGUGGUGCUGGAGGGCAGCUAUGAUGGGCACAGCUGGACGGAGAUCGAGUUCAUGUACAAGCCAGGGAAUGUGAGCACGGCCCCAGCCCUGGUGGCUCCUCACCAGCCUCGCCUGGACUGGCAGCUCUGGUUUGCAGCCCUGG